CCUCGACAGCUUUCGACCCCUUCACUCUCCUACCUUUAUCCUUCUUGUGAAUAAUUUCACCAAAAUCAAUCACGCUCGUUAAAUUUGGUGUUUGUGUGUGUGUGUCUCAAGCGAACAAAUUCACUGGCUGACGAGGAUCACCCUUCAAUCUCUCUCUCUUCUCCCUCUCAGUUCAACCCACCUGUCACCCACACUUUGGGAGGAGGCGAAUACAGCAUACUUUUUUUCAAUUUUAACCGGGAAGCAAACAAAGAAUAACGCAAACUUGGGUGAAUUCCAGGGCCCAGGGUUCCGAUCAAAGCGUCACACGCACACAAACACAACAACUUUUCACGGGCAGAUUUGUUUUCAAUUACUCUUCGCGUUCUGCGUAUUCACUCUGCCGAUCUACUGCCCGCCUAUAUAAAUCCCGUCUACCGACUACCUACCUACAACUUUCUCGAGAAUCAAACAACACAUCCAACUCAACCUGGCCCACACCAGAAUCGCCUUUUCGAAUUAGGGACCAGUCCUGCAGGCAUCUCUCAGGGUCUCCAAACAAAGAUCUUUCCGACCAAAUCACACUUUGACCAAAAUCGUCAUACCGAAAAACCCAUUGAAACUACUAGGUCGUUGUCGCCACCGAUCUUCUCAAGUCCUUCCCCUCGGAGAGCCAUGUAUCCCAUCUUCUUCUUGGCCUCGUGCUUGGUGUUGUCGUUGCUCGGUCAUCUCGCGUCGGCGUCACCGGUCGUCCGGAAAUCCCUCAACCCCAAGUACGUCCAGAAGAGAUCCCCCGUCACGGCCAGCGCCUUCGCGGCGACCGACGCCGAAUGGCCGACCAACGUCCUCUUCACCGGGGCCUCCCAGACGUACGGCCUGUGGGUCCCCAUGGACGGCGCCUGGUACGACCUCGGAGGCAUCACGUGCCUGGGCCUCCCCGCCUACGCCGAGGGUCCUUGCAACGGGGUCACCAUCAACGCCGUCGGGGUCGUCGCGGGGGACGGACCUUGCAGCUUCUUGGGCAACGACGGUUACAGCGCCACCCUGCCCGGAAACGCCGGGGACGGUUGGUUCGCGGUGGCACCGCCUCAGAACAUCAUGUCCGCCAAAUGUGGUUGAUCCCCGACGGCAUCUUCUUUUUCUUUCCUGAUCCACAAUCAACGCAAUCGAUCAGUGCCGGUGGGGAGAACGGGGGAGCUUUUUGUUUUUGCGGCUGAUGAGACUACCGGGAUUUUUGUGACUCCGUUCACCACGACGUACCCCCCGCCCGACCGAGUGAAAUCAUGAAGGGCGAGCGAAAUGCGGGACACCCCCAGGAUCGACCAACAUGAGUGUCAUCAAAACGCCAGGUCCAUACUCGUGACGAAACACAUGCGACGUUCGACACGUUUGGGACAUGUCCGAUGGAUGUACUCGUCGUAACGCGCCGCAUGACUUUUCGAGGUUCAUGAAAUCACACCCCUCCCUUACAAAUCAAUUUGUGACUUGUCCAUCACACACCUUACACCCACCCACACACACAGACACACACACCCACAUUCUGUCUCGCGGAUCCGUUUCCUUCCUCGUUCACGAGGGUCCAAAAAUCCUUCGCAAAGGAAAAUUUACGGGGAAAAGAACACACAAAACAUACGAAACACAGACCAGAAAAAUUACCACCAUCGGGACAUAUUCGUCGAAAGGUUUUUGACUAGGUACUUCUCUCUCCACCAAAGGGGAAACCUCGAGGAAUGGUUGGAACCCUAGAGUUUAAUUUGGAAUCUCGAGACAUUUGCAAAUUGUGUUUUUCCAUAACCCACAUAUCACAAACAUGACCCAACCGAUCCACACAUCACGACGAAAUGAAGAAAUACUGUGAUGGUGGGUGAGUCUUGAUGGAAACAAGUUUGAGAAAACCAAUGUCCCCGGGGGAGAGAAAGGGAGGUGGGAUUCUUCGUACAGGGAGAUCCCAGAUCACAACGACCACCUGCCUGCCUAACUUUACCUUUACCUUUACCUUGGCCAAGGUCAUAUCACCAGAAUGUAACAUCAGUAGAAAUGCAAUCAAUCCAAUUCAGUCUCCCUGUUGAUUGAUACCCUUUGGGUCCUUUUCUCUUUGGAACCCCUGACAGGGUAGAUAAGCCCCAAUACUUUUCGACGUAGAACAAAAGACAAGACAGGCACCGAGGCAGGUAGGCAACAAGCAGGAGAUAAGCAGACAGAGCGAUCUACAAUCAUCUAUAUAUA